GGCUGGGCUUCGGACAAGCCGGACUGCUGCCGCUCGUUUAUUUGUUAUUAAAAUGCUAAAAAUUCCCCUGACAAAAUCAAACAAAUUCGGUUGGCAGAGCGAUUGUACCUGGCCAUUGGCGAAACCGAAACUGAAAAUCAGUACAAAAUGCGUUGGCCGCGAAAGCACACGUUCGGGUUGUGGCCAAAAAACCGUCGAAACAAUGGCAUACCCCAAGGGCAGGGCCAAUCGACGGUGUCCACAAUUUACGAUCCCAACUGCGAGGAGAAGGAGAAAUACACGGCUCAGGAUGGCGACGACUAUUAUAGCCAGGCCCAGGCGAUUGAGAUGGACGUGGCUAGCAAGUACUCGAAACCCAAGGAGGCCCAUUGGCUGCUGCGCAGGAUCUAUUUCCUAAGCUGGAUAAGCUUAUACGACAGGGAACGAGCCUUUGCCGAUCUGAUUGCCGGGAUCACCUUGGGACUCACCAUUAUUCCGCAGAGCAUCGCCUACGCCGCUCUGGCUGGUCUUUCUUCGGAGUACGGCCUGUACUCCGCCUUCAUUGGGUCCAUCAUCUAUGUCUUCUUCGGAACGAUACCACAAGUCUCCAUUGGCCCCACCAGUCUGAUGGCCAUUUUAACCCUGCAAUUCUGUGCCGACAAGCCCGUCCAGGUCGUCAUCGUCCUGGCCUUCCUCGCCGGCCUGGUGGAACUGGCCAUGGGCGUGUUCCAGCUUGGCUUCAUUGUCAGCUUCAUUCCGGCACCGGUGACCAAGGCCUUCACCUCCGGAACAGCGGUGAUUGUGGUCUUUGCCCAGAUCAAGAACCUCUUGGGAGUUCGUGUAAAGGGCUUUCCCUCGUUCGGCGAGUUCUUCACCAAUAUUCGUCCCUCGGAUGCGGCCAUGGGUAUCUCCUGCAUGGUUGUUUUGCUUUCUCUUCGGCUCCUAUCUCAGGUCAAGUUCAGUCAGGACACAGCCGUCACUCGUCGUUUAAAAAAGAUUCUGUGGUACAUUAGCAUUUCCAGAAAUGCCUUGGUGGUCUUUUUCACAGGACUUUUGGUCUUCUUGUGGGUGAAAAAGAGCUCCAUGGAGGCGGUUCCCUUCGCCCUUUCCUCAAAAGUGUCCUCCGCCAUGCCCACGAUCAAACUGCCCCCCUUCGCCUUCGAAUACCAGAAUCGCACCUAUGUCUUCACGGAUAUCCUGCAUGAGCUGGGCAGUGGCAUUAUUGUGGUUCCCAUUGUAGCUGUUCUGGCCAACGUGGCUAUUGCCAAGGCCUUUGUUAAGGAUGGUAAUUUGGAUGCUUCGCAGGAGAUGCUGACUUUGGGCUUGUGCAACAUAGCCGGCUCCUUCUUUAGUGCCAUGCCCACAUGUGGUGCCUUCACCCGCUCGGCUGUAAGUCAGGCUUCCGGAGUGCGCACCCCCAUGGCUGGCAUCUACACCGGAUUGAUUGUUCUGUCCGCCCUGAGCAUUUUAACUCCUUAUUUCCAAUACAUUCCCAAGGCCUCGCUAUCUGCCGUACUUAUUGCAGCGGUUAUCUUUAUGAUUGAUCUGGCGCCCGUCAAGGAGCUGUGGCAAACCAACAAAAAGGACUUCUUUAGCUGGGUGGGAAGCUUCAUUAUUUGUCUUGUGGCUGGUGUGGAGCUGGGCCUGCUCUUCGGCAUUAUUCUCAGCAUGGUGUUUAUUUUGCUGCGCCUGGGCAAUCCCAAGAUAGAAGUGGCCUUGAAAAAGCACGAGUCCAGCUACUAUGUGCAUGUGGUGCCCCGCACGGAUGUCUACUAUACGGGAGUGGACAGCCUUCGCUCUGAGCUGAGGAGUGCUUGUUCCUUGUACCACAAUGAUUUUCCCGUAGUUCUCGAUUGUUCCCGUUUCAUGCAGUUCGACGCCACCUUCAGUGAAAUGCUGAUAGCCGUGGCCAAGGAGAUGGCCUCCAAUGAUGUCCUACUGAUCCUGCAGAAUAUGAGUCUAAAGGUGCAGCAGAUGCUGCCGGUGAUCAGCAAUGUGCGCUUCUGCCAGGAGGACAGCCAGCUAUUCAGUCACCUGCAGACCGAGAAGGAGCGAGAAGUGACCGCGGAGCUGGAGGAGAAGCUGUAGAGAUUGCUCUUAUCAGCUUUCUCCAGAUGUCAGUCAGCAUCUGACUGUUUUGAUCCGGCGCCGAGUGACGUCAGGUCGGGGUUAAUUGUAGAUUAAUCUGCCUGUUACCGCUUGAUGUUUGCAUGCGAGUGGCGGCAGCGGAUAUUGCGCAAGUGGCAGAGACGCAAGUUAGUUAGCUACUAGACUUAGAUAUAUUGUGGCUGUUAAGUUAGGCCGACUCUGUAAAUACCUAAAUGCAUUAUUAAAAAUUAUGUAUAUUAUUCUA